UGCAUAUUUGAACGUCAUGCUGUUGCUAUGUUGGGGUAAACUAUGAGGGGUACUGAGACCGGAUGGAUCCAUUUAUAUGGCUCUUUAAAUGGUGAGUUUGGUAGGAGAUCGUUCAUAAUGAAGACUUCAAUUACCCCUCAUCAAGAUUAAGUAGCAUUUCCGCAAUUCUUGUUCUUCCAAAUCAUCUCCUGUUCAUUUUACAUUGACAACAUGUCUUCAUCCGAUAAACCAGUCGUGGCCUUCAUCGGCCUUGGAGCUAUGGGAAUGGGCAUGGCUACAAACCUCCUCAAAACAUUCUCUGUCACCGGCUUCGAUGUCUACGAACCCACGCUCGAGAAAUUCAGAUCCGCGGGCGGAAACACAGCUACCACGCCUCGAUCUGCGGCUGCCAAUGCGAAAUACAUCGUGAUCAUGGUAGCGACCGCUGAGCAAACACUGGCGGUUCUUUUUGACGAUACCACUGGAGCUAUCCACGAAUUACAACCGGAUGCUACGAUCAUAUUAAGCUCUACCGCUUUCCCCGAACACGUACCGGAAGUUAGAGAUUUACUCGAUAAUAAAUAUAACAGGAAAGAUGUGGAAUUGGUAGAUGCACCUGUAUCUGGAGGUACGGGUCGAGCAGCUCUUGGUACGCUCGUGGUUCUUGCUUCUGGGCCGGAAAAAUCGCUGGAAGUCGCGAAUCCGGUGUUGGACGCCAUGGCAGAUCCAUUACAUAUAAUCCCUGGUGGUGUGGGGGCGGGUACUAAGGUUAAGAUGGUUCAUCAAGCUCUCGCGGGUAUACAUAUGAUUAUGGCAUCAGAAGCCAUGGGGCUUGCUGCAUUCUUGGGUCUUAAUACCAAGCAGGCUUUUGAACAUCUUGUUAAAUCAUCGGGAGAAAGCUGGAUGUUAGGAAAUAGGGUACCCCAUAUGUUGGAGAAUAAUCUUCAUCCGUUCUCGGCUUUAAAUAUUAUUGUUAAAGAUAUGGGUAUAGUGACAGCUGACGGCCGUAGAGCCAAAUGUCCACUGUUCCUUUGCUCUGCAGCAGAGCAAGUAUUGGCAUCUGGCGUUCGUUCCGGGUUUGGCCUAGAUGAUGAUUCUGGGCUUGUCAGGGCUUAUAUCCCUACCCAGCCAAGUCUCGUGUUCGAACAGACUACAACGUCUACUACAAGUGCGGAUGAUCCGAGAUUGAAGCUAGUUGAAGAUAUACUAUCAGGUGUGCAUUUAGUCGCAGCAGUAGAAGCAAUGGCUUUUGGUCAAGCUAUAGGUCUAGACACCGCGAUGUUAUACGAUAUAGUAAAAGGGGCGGCUGGAGCAAGCGCCAUGUUUGUGGAUAGAGUGCCAGCUUUGUUAAGUGGAAAGUGCACCUCAAAAUCCUCUAUUAAUGAUAUUAUUGCUCGUCUAAAUACAGCAAUCGAAGAAGCGAGCCGUCUCAAAUAUCCGUUGAAUCUCACAGCCACAGCGCUACAGAUAUUACAAUUGGCGAGUACACGAGGUUUCGGGGAUCAACCUGAUGUUGCAGUCGCGGGACUAUGGGAUGGCAUCGUCACAUUCCCCAUACCUGGCUUUGCAUAAGGAAACAGCUUCGUCAAGGUCCAAGGAGCGAUAUUUGAGCUUUGACGCUACUAAUAGAGAUCGUCUUUCUUGGAUACUAACUUGAAGUUGAUUUACAAAGAAUAAGGUUCGGGUACCUGAACAGUGAAGAUGUAGCAAAAAUAACUCGCUUUAUUGGCAAACAUUACGCUGGAAAUACCCCGCAUUUUAUGAAUCAAAUCAUUCCUGCAGAAACUAGUAAAUUUGGCUCCUACUGCGAGUUGUGUCUCGUGGAAACCUCGCCUUG